AUGGCCUGCUGGGGAAUUUUGGGACUUGAAGUCCUCCCAUCUUCAAGCAGCCAAGGGACCCCCGUGAACCGGAUCCCCAUCAUGGCCAAGCAAGUGCUGGAUCUCUACUCGCUCUAUCGGCUGGUGACUGAGAAAGGAGGCCUGGUGGAGGUGAUCAACAAGAAGAUCUGGCGGGAGAUCACCAAAGGCUUGAAUUUGCCCACCUCCAUCACCAGCGCGGCCUUCACGCUCCGCACACAGUACAUGAAGUACCUCUAUCCUUACGAAUGCGACAAGCGGUGCCUGAGCUCUCCCGGCGAGUUGCAAGCCGCCAUCGACAGCAACCGGCGGGAAGGGAGGCGUCAGAUGUUCGGGGCCGCCCUGUUCAGCUACUCGCCGACAGGCACGCCGGCCACCCUCGCGUCCCCCAAGGUCCCUCUGCCCUCCCUCACCGUCGCCACCCACAACGGGAGCCAGAUCGGACAAGCCCGCACCGUCAAAAAUGAAGACAGCCUCCUGUCUGCUGGGGUGCCCAGCCGCAUCGCCAUCCCCGUCAGCCUAGCUGGGCAUCACCUGGUAGCAGCACAGGCCGCUGCGUCCCAGGCAGCCGCCCUGGAGCAGUUGCGGGAGAAGCUGGAGACCAGCGAGCCCCCAGAGAAGAAGAUGGCGCUGGUGGCCGAAGAGCAGCAGCGCCUGGUCCAGCAGGCCCUUCAGCAGAACCUCUUGGCCAUGGCCUCCCAGUUCCCGGUCAACAUCAAGGUCAACAGCCGCGGAGAUGACAGACAGGAGGCGGCACUGAACCUGUCCACCAACGGCAUUAGCAGCAUCAACAUGUCGAUAGAAAUCAACGGCGUUGUCUACACAGGUAAAGAGUCCUUCCGCCUCUUUGGGUGA